AUGUCUUUAUUUGACACACAUCAAGAGGAUACAGAUGAAGAAGAAAAUAAUGCCAAUGAACAAGAACAAACUGAUAAUGAUGAUAUUGCAUUUGUUGCAAAACUAAAAUCAAGUCGAACACUUGCCAGUAUUCUCAAAACUAUUCAUUUUGCUGAUGAUGCUAUAUUUUGUGCAUUACCAACUGGUAUAAAAAUUAUUGUUGAAGACAAACAAUGUGUACAAGGAAAUGCUUUUAUUGAUACACGUGUUUUCGAUUCAUAUGAAUUGAUGCGACAAGUUCGAUUUCGUUUUCAUCUUGAAACUGUUCUUAAUUGUUUGAAUAUCUUUGGUAUUCCACUUGAUCCGGUGACACAUGAACCAUUACCAACCAAUGUUGCUGUACAAAUUCAUUAUCGUGAAAAUCAAACACAUCCAUUACAGCUUUAUUUAGAAGAAGAAGGUGUAAUUACUGAAUGUUUAAUAAAAGUAUUAGAUGAUACAGAUACAAUUGAUUUUGAUUUUCAAACAGAAAAUGUUGUUACUAAAGUUGUUUUCAAGGCUAGCGGAUUCAAAGAAGCACUUAGCGAAAUUGAUCUCAAAGCUGAUUGUAUUGAAUUAUUGAUUACUCAAGAUGUUCCACAUUUUCGUCUUAUUGCUAAUGGAUGUGGAGGUAGUACAUCAGUUGAUAUAAAUCAAGAUUCACCUGUUAUGGAUACAUUUCUAUGUACGGAACCAGUGCAUAAUCGGUAUAAAACUCAAUUUUUUCAAUAUAUCGUCCGAGCAUUAUCGAUUGCAAAUAAACUAUCGUUACGUAUUGAUGCUGCUGGAAUUCUCUGCGCACAAUUUCUUAUUUACACGGAAAAAGAUAAACCUUCACUUGUUGAAUAUUUUUUUGGACCAGAUGAAGAACUUAAUGACCAUGAAGGAAAUACGCAAUCGAGUGAUGUCGUUCUAAUUGAAGACUAA